AAGCUGCGCAGGCGCAUCCCCAGUGACUGUGGCGGAGUCAAAGAGGGGAAGAAGGGAGGUCGGGGCCAGGGCCUGGCAGUUGGAGUCAGGCGGUGGAGUCCCGAACCGCAGCCGCCUUAGCGGCGGGAGGAGCCGAGGGGGAUCAGGCUUGAGCUCAGAGGGGAUUGAUGGAGGCAGAAACCAAAACUCUUCCCCUGGAGAAUGCAUCUAUCCUUUCAGAGGGUUCCCUACAAGAGGGACAUCGGCUAUGGAUUGGCAACCUGGACCCUAAGAUCACAGAGUACCACCUCCUCAAACUCCUUCAGAAAUUUGGCAAAGUAAAGCAAUUUGACUUUCUUUUCCACAAAUCUGGUGCCUUGGAAGGACAACCCCGAGGGUAUUGUUUUGUCAACUUUGAAACCAAACAGGAAGCAGAGCAAGCGAUCCAGUGUCUUAAUGGCAAGCUGGCCCUUUCUAAGAAGCUGGUGGUACGGUGGGCACAUGCUCAAGUCAAGAGAUAUGAUCAUAACAAGAAUGACAAAAUCCUUCCAAUCAGUCUUGAGCCAUCAUCAAGCACUGAACCCAGUCAGUCCAACUUAAGGAGUAAUCUGCUGACAGGAGGAGGAGAGGUGACCAGGCACAUGGGAAGCGUCAGUGCAAAGAUCAAAGCAAUUGAAGCCAAGCUGAAAAUGAUGGCCGAAAACCCUGAUGCCGAGUACUCAGCAGCCCCUGUCUAUUCCUACUUUAAACCACCAGAUAAAAAAAGGACUAGUCCUUACUCCCGAACUGCUUGGAAGUCUCGAAGAUGAUGGUUGGGAAGAACUAUGGCAGCAAAGAAAACUGCUUUAUACACCUAAACUCUGCCUUUGUACUUUGUAGAUUUAAAUGGUACUAUCCAAGAGCACAAUCACAACGUUAGAGUUUUGUAACAUGGCAUUUUAAACUUUUCUUAUGGCUGUUCCUUGCCCGAAGUAUGUAUAGAAUUGAACACCAUCCCGAAUAAAUUGGAUUGCAUCCAGAGCUCUGACUUUAACACAGGGAUACUCUAGUUGACUGAGCUGUUUGCAUUUUGUGAGUCCAAAAAUGUUAUUCAAUAUACCAGACAAAGAGAAGCUGACUGUUUUAAGCAAGAAAACACUUGGUUAAAGUGCUCUUUUUCAAGAGGUAGGGGUGGGAAAUGUGCAUUCUGCUCUGCCUACAUGCCUUCAACACCUAAGGGCAGUGGCUGGGGCAGGUAAUGAUUGAAAGUGACUGGAGUCCACUUUUGUUGUUCUAUUUUUCAAUUGUGUUCCAAGGUACCCCCCCAGAGGUUUAGAGUAUGGAAAUGACUCAGACAAGGAAUGAAAAGGAAAAGUUCUCUGCUGAAGAGAAUAGGUAUUUAUUUAAGCAUUCCUUUUCUCGCGUUUAAAAUUCCAAAUAGGAAAGUGUAAUGUUUGUCUGCAAACAUUUUAAGAGAGAAUCCAUGAAUUCUGUUGAGUUGUUUUUUUUCACCUAGACAAUUCAGUUAUGACAACCUAUGGUCGGUCAUACUAGGAAUGCAUCUUUUUAAAAAAUACUAUUCAACAUGAUGAACUAGUAAACCUAUAAGAGUUUCAUGUGAAACUUGAAAUUUAGGAAUCUGCCAAGGAAGAUUUUAUAGCAUGAGAAUGCUUUCUUCAUAACUUCCUUUUGGCCACCUUUGUAAGCAGUAAAAUGAAAUAGCUCUUUUAACAAACAUGAAGGCCAUGAUAGCUUUGUCAAAACCCCCCUCUCCCCCUUCUAAUCUGUCACUUUUACCCAGUUCACUAGCAAAGAUUUAGCUUUGAGGGGCAGGGAAGUUGGGAUAAGGAAAGUGGAAAGAACAAGAGUAGGGAGUCUGUAUAAUAGGUAUUUCAGUCAUUGACCUAGCAAUUUAGGGAUUUUCUUCAAUAAGAAGUGCGAUGUAUAUGACUGUUAAAAAUGUAUUGUCUGAAUAAGCUGUACUUUUUCCUCCAGAUCUAGAGUGCAGCCUAUGAUCCAGAUUGGGGUUUUUUAUUUGUUUAGAAAAAGGCUCUUUUUAGGGGGCAGCCUGUAUUCUGACAAAUAUGCUUGUUUUUCACAUGUGGAACCCACCUUUGUUUUCUUAUUUUAUUCUGUUUUGAAAAGGCCACAUGGUAAAAAACGGGAAGUUGAAUAACCAUGAAGGCAAUGGUGUUUCUUUUAACUCUUUAGGGUAGAUUUUGGCCAGAUAUUUCAUUGGGUAUUUGUUCACUCCUCCAAGACAUUAAUUUAUUCUGGGUGACACCUAAUCUUAUGGUCAAGUGGGUCCCCCUCUUUCUUGAUAAUAAAGCAUGCUCUUUCUCUAAAGCAAUACAAUAUCAGAAAUGAGGCAUUUUGGCAAUUUCACUGCAUCAUACUAUAGUUUCAGGAUUGGAUUUAAAGAAACCUUUUGCAGUGAGUUUUUUGUUUGUUUGCUUCCUGGUUAAGUGUCUCUUGAGCUACUUUUAGGUAGCAUGCAUUGGCAAUUAAAUGAAGACAUCCCUGGUCCAAGUGAUAUCCCUUCCUAUUCAGAAAGAUGAGAGGACUUGCCUGGCCAUUGUUUUAUGGAUGGUAUCCCCAGCAGGUUUGGGAUGGAGUAGAACUUCUUUAGUGCAAACCAGUCUUCUAUUUUUAAUAGAAAUUUUGAGAAUAUUUGACUUUGAAUUAUAUAGAGUUGUUUCCUUUAGAAACCAGAGCUAUUUAUUUGUAUUGAAGGCAACGUUCUGAUUUAUAGCAACUCUUAUUUCUCUAUGUGAAUAAAUACAAGAAAAUGUU